GACCACGAUUCCCAGCAAGCAUCGCAAAGACUACAACUCCCAAAAGACAUCGCGAACCAACUAGACUUUCUCCUAAGGCCACUGACUUUAAAUCAGCUUUAGCAGGUUUUUUGUUUUUGUUUUGGAAAUAGGGAAGGUUCUGAGCUCAGCAGUUCUUUCUAGAAAAAAAAUGCAUCCUCUGAAAAACACUGGCAGAGCUUGGAAAGAUUUAUGUUGUGAAAUGUUUGUUGCAACUUUUUUUUUUUUAACAGACUUUCACUAUGUAGCCUUGGCUGGUCUGUAACUUCUUGCAAUUUAAACCAGGCUGCCCUCAAAUUCACAACCGAGAUCUGCCUGCCUUUGCCUUCAGAGUGCGAAUUUAAAGGCCUACACCACAACCACAGCAUAUUGCAGAACUUUUAAGUGAAAUAUUGGAAACAAACUCAUUCAUUAAAUAGUGUGUAAAUAGGUGUAAAACAGCAUGUAAAGUUGUCUUGCCGGAACAAGGACUCUUGAGUCUCACUUUUGUUUUUUGUUGUUUGUUUUUUGAGACGAGAUCUCGCUGCGUCCCUGGCUAGACUGGAAAGGACUGCAUAGACCAACUGUUAGCACACUUGUUGCAGUCCCAAAAACGAUGGAAUUGCUUCCUGCAUACCCUGCCCAGGAGGUUGAGGUUUGCUAUUUCGCUCGGGGAUGAUACAGUGUCUGUACUCAACCGUGAUGAACAAAUCAGGUAAAGAGCGAAGUUUAAAAAGACUGGACGCUUUGAGAGAUCCUCACGGUGCCCAGGAACGUCAGUCCGAGGGCGGAGACCCUAGGGUGCUGCGAGGCUCCUCCCCCGGCGAUCUUCCCGCAGCUCCUCCCCCGACGUGCGGCUAGAGCGGGGCGUGCCCCGGAGCAAUCCCGGACCUAGCCUGGCGGGCGGGGGCCGGGCGGAGUCCGCGAUCGGGCCGGGGUUGGUUCACCUCAUCCACCAGGGACGGAAGUGUCAGCCCUACACUCCCUCCGGCACUGCGGACCAGCGGCCUCGCCUCGCCCCACCGGGCGGUCGGGCCUUGGCGAGCUCCCGCGCCAGGGGCGUCAUGAAGCGAGCAGGAACUCUACGCCUGCUUUCGGAUUUGAGCAACUUCACCGGCGGGGCCCGACUCCGCGAGUUGUUGGCUGGGGACCCAGCUGUCCUAGUCCGCUGCAGCCCUGACGGCCGCCACCUGCUGCUGCUAAGACCCCCGGGGUCGCCCGCCCCGCAACUUGUCGUGGCUGCGCGUGGGCCGGGCCUGGCGCUGGAGCGUGCCUGGCCGGAGGGCCACCCCUCGCCUCUGGACGCCUUCUUCGUGCCGUGGCUGGCGAGACCCGCGCUGAUUUUGGUAUGGGAAAAUGGCCUAGCGGAGGUGUGGGGCGCCGGGAUGGAGCCUGGCUGGAGGAUACUUCAGAGCACUGAGCUGUGUCCGCAUGCUGAGGCCCGCGUGACGGCCGUGGCGGUAACCCGAGGCCGCCUGGUUUGGUGCGAGGAGCGUCAGCUUGGCGAUGAGGACCAGCCAGGGAAGCUUUCAACGGCUUUCAGCCACUGUGUGUGCGUCAAGACCCUGGAGACCAGCGGGGAGGCUGGCACCAAACUAGGCUGCACAUACAUCCUGCUGCACCACUGCCCCUCUUUUGGACUGAUAGCCUCUCGCAAGGACCUCUUCCUGGUGCCCACUACCACCACUUGGCCUGGUGUGGCCCAUGUUCUGCUCAUCUGGAGCCCAAGCAAGGGCAAGGUGAUAGUCGCUGCGCCAUCUCUUGGUCUUUCUCACAGUAAAAGCCUGAAUCCCAGACAAGGGGAUACCUGGGACUUUCGGACCCUGCUUCGAGGACUUCCUGGGUUCCUGUCCCCCAGGGAGCCGUUGGCUGUACACACUUGGGCCCCGUCUCCCCAGGGCUUGCUGUUGCUUGACUUGAAAGGUAAGGUGAGCCUAGUGCAGUGCCAUGGUGGCACUCGGACUGUGGGAACCCUGCAGGAAGCGCCUGUAGGCCUAGAGGGGUCUGCGGCCCUGGGAACCUUUCAUGGCACUUUAGCCUGUGUGCUGGGCUCCACCUUGGAACUACUGGACAUGAGCAGUGGUCAGCUGUUGGAGAGGAAGGUCCUAAGUACAGACAGAGUACAUCUGCUGGAGCCUCCAGCGCCUGGUGUGAAGAAUGAGGAAGAGUUGGAGACCCGAGGAGUUCUCCGUUUGCUUUCAGCCUUGGGGCUCUUCUGUGUGGGUUGGGAACGGCCCCAAGGCCUUGAGCUGCCCUCAGACAAGGAUCUGGUCUUUGAGGAGGCCUGUGGGUACUACCAGCGCCGGAGCCUAAGAGGUACCCAACUGACCCCAGAAGAACUGAGACACAACAGCAUGUUUCGGGCACCUCAGGCGUUGGCCUCCAUCCUCCAGGGCCACCUGCCCCCAUCUGCACUGUUGACUACCCUGAGGGCUGAGCUUCGGGAUUACCGGAGUUUGGAGCAGCUCAAGGCCCAGCUGGUGGCUGGGGACGAUGAGGAGGCUGGCUGGACCGAGUUAGCAGAGCAGGAGGUGGCACGGCUGUUGAGAACCCAGCUGACUGGAGACCAGCUGGUCCAAUUCAACACCAUUUUCCAGGCCCUUCCUACAGCAGCUUGGAGUGCCACCCUCCAGGCCCUGCAGCUCCAGCCAGACAGGACUGGCAAGCUGAGGUCCCAGGCACCCCCUGACAUAUGGAAGAAGGUACUAAGGGGUCCAGCAGCUGGAAAGGAGCAGCCUGGUGGAAUGCUGCCCCCCUUUGAACUCCUGUGCCGGUGCCUAUGCCAGCUGGAGCCUCAGUGGCUCCCCUCAUUUGUGGAGCUGGCCCAGCAACAGGGUGGGCCAGGCUGGGGGGCUGAAAGCCCCGGUCUGCCCCUUUACCGCCGAGCCCUGGCGGUGCUAGGUGAGGAGGGGAAGAGACCUGAGGACCUAGAAGUCGAGCUGCUUCUGGGCAGUAGGCGGCCCAAAGCUGUGCUGCAAGCUGUGAGGCAGCUCAUAAGGAAGGAACUGUGGGAACGGGCUCUGGAGGCCGGGCUGGCCCUGGACUCCUCCAGCCCCCUACUUCGAAGUGAGAUCUUUAAGCUGCUGCUGGCAGAGUUCGCCCAGCACCGCCGCCUCGAUGCUCACCUCCCCCUCCUUUGCCGCCUGUGCCCACCAGAAGUGGCUCCAGACGAGCUCCUGCUUCUUCUGAGGACACAUCUCCCAGAUGACGUGGGGACCUCCUCCCCUUUCCCCGAGCCAGGGGCAGAGCCCCCUCUCACAGUGGGCUUGGUCAGAGCCCUGCUCGAACAGACUGGGGCUCAAGAACGGCCCUCUGGUCCAGUUCAAAGCACAUAUGAGGACAUCCUGUGGGAUCCAGGCACUCCACCCCCAACCCUUCCUCGUGAGCCUAUUACUACUCCCCAGGCAUCAGACCACCCAGGACAGGAAGCCUGGGCACCGUCUGGACAGGGGCCCCUGUGCAACUGACAUGGGAGUUCAUUUGUAGAGCACAGAGAUGGGGAAGGUCCUAGGGUUGGAGAGCACCAAGGUGGAGUUGGGCGUGCAAUACUGUCUGUUGUGGACAAUGUUUAAUACAUAUGUAAAUACAAAUACAUUCACAGGC